GGACAAGUUUGAUUUACACUUUUGAUAGUUGGAGUGGUCGCUUUGUGUUUUUUAAUUUCAAAACAAUGAACAUACCGCAUAUUGAAUGAAAACAAGAGGGCUACUGCUACUCAAGUGAUCAUCACGGUAUGGAAAGGUGUGAGACUGGCUCCAGCGCUGAGGGGCUGCAGUGCUCAUCAUGGACCUGAAGGGGGCAUGUGUCAGUGGGGGCAGUGAGGACAGCUCCAGCUUAAGGCCCUCUUCGUGGCAGGCGUUUGCCCGCUCCAGCACUCUGCAUGGGUUGCGCUUCGUCUUUCCCUCGGGACGCCCCUCUGUGCGCCGCCUCCUCUGGGCCCUGGCGCUGCUGUCCUGCCUGGGGCUGUUGGCGGUGGAGAGCGCGGAGAGACUGGCGUACUUCCUGUCUUACCCCCAUGUGACCAGUGUUGAUGCUGUGGCAUCCAGCAGCCUGGUGUUUCCAGCAGUCACCAUCUGUAACCUGAACGCGUAUCGAUUCAGCCGUUUGACUCGUAACGACCUGUAUCACGCUGGUGAGCUGCUGGCCUUGCUGGACGUGCACCUGGCCAUCCCACAGCCUCACCUGGCCGAGCCCGAGGUCUUGGCAUUCCUAGAGGAAAAGUCCAACUUCACGGCGUACAAGCCCACUCCGUUCAGCAUGAGGGAGUUCAUCGAGAGAGUGGGACACGACCUGCAGGAGAUGAUGCUCUACUGCCGUUACCAAGGCCAGGAGUGCACCCCCAAGGACUUCAAACCGGUGUUCACCAGAUAUGGGAAGUGUUACAUGUUUAACGCGGCGGAGGAGGGCCGCUCUCUGCGCACCACCAUGAAGGGAGGCACUGGGAACGGACUAGAGAUCAUGCUGGACAUCCAACAGGACGAGUACCUCCCUGUGUGGGGAGAUACAGAGGACACAGCGUUUGAGGCGGGGGUGCGCGUGCAGAUCCACAGUCAGGCUGAGCCGCCCUUCGUCCAUGAGCUGGGCUUCGGCGUCGCUCCGGGGUUCCAGACCUUCGUGGCCACUCAGGAGCAGAGGCUGACCUACCUGCCGCCGCCCUGGGGAGAGUGUGAAUGGAGAGCUCUGGAGUCGGGCUUCUUCCAGGUGUACAGUGUGACGGCCUGCAGGAUCGACUGUGAGACGCGCUACAUCGUUGAGAACUGCAACUGCAGAAUGGUGCACAUGCCCGGUGAUGCUUCAUACUGCACACCGGAGCAGUACAAGGACUGUGCAGAACCAGCUCUGGCCAAAUUAUCUGCGGUGGAGGGGAGCAGCUGUAUGUGCCGAACUCCCUGUAACAUGACGCGCUACAACAAAGAGCUGUCCAUGGUCAAAAUCCCCAGCAAGACCUCAGCACGCUACCUGCAGAAGAAGUUCAACAAGUCUGAGAAAUACAUCACAGACAACAUCCUGGUGCUGGACGUGUUCUUCGAGGCUUUAAACUACGAGACCAUCGAGCAGAAGAAGGCCUACGAAGUGGCAGGGCUGCUCGGUGACAUCGGCGGUCAGAUGGGGUUAUUUAUUGGCGCGAGUAUCCUCACCAUUCUGGAGCUGUUCGACUACGCUUAUGAGGUGGUUAAAGAGAGAAUACUGGAUUUACUGAGCAGAGAGGAAGAGGAGGAGAGCCACGCUGAAGAGGUGAGCUCCUGUGACCCUGUGGCCAACCACUCGGAGUCCAUCAGUCACACUGUGGCCGUGCCGCUGCAGACCGCGCUGGGCACUCUGGAGGAGAUCGCCUGCUGAUCCUCCCCUGUCCUGUCCCACCAGAGCGCCCCCUAGCCUACAGGAGGACUACAACACAGAGCACCCUGGGACGGGACAGGGACUUGUGAAUAGGACAGCUCUGUCACCCAAAAAAGCCACUAAUGGAGACAAAGGAGGCGUCAGCGAACUUGCUAGAUAAACUCCAAAAAGCGCACACUAUAAAGGACUACGCAGGGGACUCGACUUCCCACAAUGCAACAUGUUUAUAUCAAAUGGACACGUUCAUAAGUCGCUCACUGCCAAAUAAACUGUGUGUACGAUAGGUUUCAAAGAGCAUGUAUUGAUCUCUCUUCUUUGCUGAUGCAUACACCAGACUGCAGUGUUGCUUUCUGUGCCAUGUGCCGUCGCCCCCUACCUGCAGGACGAGGGAAACGCCCCGCUGUGAAAUCCUGCUGUGAAUGUAUAGAGCCAAGAAGUUUUAUGAUAGUUCUGAUGUGGCAAAUA